AUGAAUGUCAUUCAUCACCGAAUGUCUUACAAACGAAAACUCGCAUUAAUCCUUUCUAAUAAUGAUUAUGAACAAUCGAAUACGAAACUUGCUAAAGAGUUUGCUGAACAAAUUCAGGAAAACGAUUUGAUUCUUUUCUAUUAUUCGAGUUGUGUUUAUCAAAUGAAUGAGAAAUGUUAUCUAAUUCCAAUUCAAAAUCAACAUUUGACGAAUGAAGAGACGAUCCCGGACCUUGCAACUCAUUUGCAGACCAUCUUUCGACAUUUAUUCAAAGAGAAGAAACAACUAUUUGUAUCGACAUUCAUUCUCGAUUGCCCAAAAACGUAUUCAACAAAUCUUUACUAA